AUGCAGUAUGCUGAUGACAUCACCACUCCGAGCCAGACUGCAGAUGGCCUACAAAGGACAGCUGAUCUUUGCAAUGCGGCUUACGAAUGCUUUGGGUUGCAGAAACAGAUCAUUGAGGCUUUGGAAAAAGUUUGUGGAACUCGUGCUCUAAAAACGACUACAGUCUACAAGUGGAUUCAGCGAUUCAAAGAAGGAAGAGACGACUUUGAAGACGACUCUCGCUUGGAACCUCAAAAAAAGGACAAAAACAUCGAGGCUGCUCGGAAUUUAAUUGAAGAAGAUCGGCGAAUAACUGUCAAUCAGAUAGCUACGUCCCUAGACAUUUCCUAUGGGUCGGCAAAUUCAAUUCUUCAUGAUAAUUUGGGACUGUGCAAGCUUUCAGCACAAUGGAUCCCAAAAGCAUUGCGGCCUGAUCAACAGAAUCUUCGAAGUGAUCUCUCCCUAACAUUAUUGAACAAAAUUGAAGCAGACGAAGAGCAAUUUCUGGUGAAAAUUAUCACCGGAGAUGAAACUUGGAUUUACCAGUAUAAUCCUGAGUAA